AUGGCUGUGCCUCCUGCAUCUGCUGCUGCUGCUAGCCCGGCUUCAGCCGCUCCCUCGCCUCGCUCGCCGACCGUACGGCCUGUGGUGCUUCCAAGCGACUCUUUGGUGACACCACCGACCGCUAUGGCUUCGACCACUUCGUCUGAGCCCCACACGUCGGACGAGGAGCUCCUUGAGAGCUUCCUCGACUGGGGCCCGACAGCGAUUUCGGUUCCCGUGCUCAUGCUCGUUCUCGCGCUCGUUCGUCGACUCCACCUGCUCCUACUGAAGUCGUUGCUGUUCCGGCUGCCGUGGUCGAUGCUCCUGCUGUUCCUGUGA